CUUAACAAUAUGCCUACUGCGAAUCGUGACGUAUUUAUGAGAGCCUGAGAGUACAAAUAUCCGAGGAGCACUUGAAGGCAGCACAUCGGCAGGUUCAGUCGGGCGCAGCUGACGGUCGAAUUCGGUGCUGCGAUAAGUGACAGCGAAUAUCCUGGAGUCCAGCAUGGAGAGCCCUUCAGAGGCAGCAGCAGCUGACUCCUCAGCAGCAUGUACCUACUCCCAGGUGGUCUUCACCGACAUCCCUCACUCUUACCCACCUUCAACCCCCGUCACCUGCCGCUACAGCCACACUGCAGUCUACCAGCCCAACAGCAGGGACUGGGUGGGCAUCUUCAAGGUGGGAUGGAGCACAACGAAGGACUAUCACACCUUUGUGUGGGCGGAGCCUUGUCAGGAUGUGGCAGGACAACAGUCAGUGACUAUGCAAGCUGUUUUUAAGGAGUACUACCUGCCGAAGGACGAGAUCGAGUUCUACCAGUUCUGCUACGUCGACAGCUCUGGCCAGGUGCGAGGAGCGAGCACUCCCUUCUGUUUCAAAACCCCAGAAGAGCAAAGCACGGACAGCAGCCAGGAGGACGACUUCCUCAUUAUUACAACACAGGUGGAACAGAGCAACCGUCAGAAGGCUGAACUGCAGAAAGAGUUGGAUCAGAUGAGGGAGGAAAAUGAAAGCUUAAAGAGUGCUCUACAGAAGGAACAAGAGCAAGCUGCCAUCCUGAAGGGGCAGAAUGAGCAGAAAGAGAGAGAAAGGAGUCAGGUGGUCAGAGACCUGGAUCAAAUCAAGGAAGAAAAUGGAAACUUAAAAAGCACCUUACAGCAGCAACUUCAGGAAAUGGACAAUUUAAAGGAGGAGAUGUUGGUCCAAGCGACAAAGCAGCUGGAGAUUCAGCAACAGAAGGAAACUGAGCUGAGAAAACUGAGUCAGAGCUUGAGUGUCGAUAGAGCAUCAAGUCAAAAUGAGACACACGCUCAGGAGAAAUACGAUCGAGCUGUGAUGAAGAUAAACCAGCAGAAAGAGGAGCACAAGGAGCUGAAAGAGAAGAUUGACAUUCAGAGCGAGGAGAUUUCCAAGCUGAAAACCAAACUCAGAGAAGGAGAACGGGAACUGGUCAAAACAAAAGACAGCAUCCAGAUUCUGGAGGUUGAUCUUCAGAGCAGCAAGAAGGAGAAUGACAGGCUCUCUGCGGAGCUGCAAAGGCUGCAAGGCGUCGCACACAACAUGGACGAAGUGAGGCAAGAGAACCAGGACUUAUACAGGAGGCUGUCGCAGCAGGAGACACCGCAGGACACCGCAGGACAAGAUGAUGAUCUGAAGGUGCUGUGUCAGACUCUUGCCAGACAACUACAGGACGCUGAGGGAAAGUUGGAGUCUGAGAAGGAGGAGUCCAGAAACGCCAAGAGACGAGCCGAGUAUCUGGAGAGCGAGCAGGAGCAAAUCAAGAAGCAGCUGGAGACUUUGUGCUCAAUAAGCGAUCAGGAGCAACGGAAAAGUAGCAAAUAUGAGCUGCAGCUCAGAGAGGCUCUGGAAGCGAUCGCAGAAAAAGAGAGCAUCAUCGAGAAGCAGGAACACAUGAUGAGGCUUGAGAUACAUGAGAAAGAAGAGCUCGCCAGAGAAAACGAGAAACUGGUGAAUGAUCUGGAGGGCCUGCGCAGAGUUUACUCUGACCUCCACUCAGCGCCCCCCACCGACUCGCCACACAUGCAGCCUGAUGUCACCUCGCCAGCUGAUGACACUUCACUCGUCCCCGUCUGGCAGCAGGACACACCGGAUCAGUCCGACGACCUGUAUCAGCCCAUAGGGAUUGCAGAACAAGUGGAAGAGCAGUCGCUGGUGUGUUGUCACUGCCAGGAGAGAUUCCCUGGCAUCACCCAAAACGAACUAGAGCUGCAUGAGCAGAGUCACAGAGUGUGUCCGUUCUGUACGAUGAUCUGCGACUACAUGGAGCAGUCCAUCUUCGAAGAUCACGUCUACAGCCACGAGGUGUGAGAGCUGCACUGGGCCAAAAAUGGGGUUGAAUGCGAAAGUCCUACAAGUUAGGUGGUCUUAUUUAAAGGACUACAGUGAUGUUUUUGCAUGUUUAUACUCAUUUACUGCAAAUUACACUUCACUUUAAUGCUGCUUUAAUUUUGACAAUUCCUUUUCAAAUCUCUAGUGCAAUACUAAAUUUCAGGAGUUAUUUUAACGUGAACUUUGAAAUGCUGACCUUCUGACAGAGAUGUGAAACCUGCCUGAGUUAUAUAAUCCACCACACUGAACAUUAGGUCCUCAUUUAUUUAGGCCGGUAUGAUCCCUCCAGAGUUUCUGUACUGAUCCCCAAAAAAUACAAAACCCUAAUUUUCAUUUAACAAGGGAGGCCAAACUUUAAAAAUGUAGUUUAAACCCAAGUAGACAAAUUUUACCUAAAUAAAAACUGGCAAAAGUCAAAUAAAUUCACAUAUUAAGUAAGUGUUCGCAAAUUUUCUUUCUAUUAAAUCACUUAACAAUCCACUUGGUGUGUGUGUGUGUGUGUGUGUGUGUGCGUGUGCGACUGUUGACAACAAUUUAAUAAAAAGAUGCAAGAAGAAAUCUGGUAGUGCUUUAACAGACUUCAGCUUAUGGCUGGUAGCUCUCUAAAGGAUGUGAAGAGACUAAAUAUAUAGGCCAGAUUCUGAUUUAAAUCAGGAAUAAUCUGAUUAAUGAAUAAGUAGUACCAGUCUUUGACACAGAAAUGGAUAGUGCAAACAUAAAAGCAGGUAUGAAACUCACUGUUUCAAGUUAAACAAGGUUCACAUCUAUGAAGGCUCAUUUUACUGUGGCACUGAAAUUAAUGACCCUAGUAAGCAGCUGCCUGGAGGGUAGAAAAACAUAAAACCUAAAAGUUUUGAAAAUUAUUAGUUGUAAAUGGGCAAAAGCAUGCUUAAAAAAAAUGAUGUGGUCCUUUAAGUAAAUAAAUAUAUAAUUUAAAAUAAAGCACAGCACGGGAUAUAUUAACCACAACUAUUACAGUUUAGCUUUGCACUUAUCUCUAAGAGGACAGUCUUAUCUAUUGUAAUCAGAUCUACUGAUUCAAGUGUUUAUUUAAUCUGUAUGUGUCAGGAUGAAUUGUCGAUGUUGUUGAAGAGAGUGAGCAAGGUAACAAGUGAAUUCAUGUCAAUGAUCAGAUCAACUGUUCAGUGUAUGUAAACAGUCCUGGUGAUAAAAUAAUAAAGAUGGGUUCAACUGAUACAACA